AUGAAGGCCCCAUACCAGGUUGCUGGCCAGAUCCUUGUAACUCUGGGGAGUCUCAGCAUGCUCUCUGGAGUUCUCGCUUUCUUCCCUGUCUUUUCUUACAAGCUUUGGUUCAUAGGAUGGAGUGUUUGGAUCGCUUGUCCCAUCUGGAAUGGAGCAUUGGCCAUCACGGCUGGUGUGCUUCUACUAUUGGCUUACAAAGAGUGGACCCAGCGAUCCCUGUGGGAAGCUAGUUUCACCUUUGUGAUUGUGAGCAUAAUGGGAUGCCCACUUCACUUUGCAAUAGCCUUGGAAUCGGCUCUCCUUGGACCCUAUUGCUUCUACUCAUUUUCAGGGACUGCAGGGACCAAUUACCUUGGUUAUGCAGUUGCCUUCCCUUUUCCAUAUGCAAAAUUCCCAUCAAUUUGUGUCGACCCGCCACACUAUGAAGAGUACCACUUGACACUUCAAGCUCUUGACCUGUGUCUGAGCUUCACCCUGCUCUGUACAUCACUGACAGUGUUUAUAAAGCUUUGCGCAAGACUUAUCCAGAAUGGACACAUAAAUGUAAGUUCCAACAAAAGAGGAACACCUUGA